AUGUCUCAACGAGCGGCACUAUUAAUCGGCAAGCUGUCACAUGCGCAGAAAGAGUGGCAGCAGUGCGCUGAGGUCGUGUCCAAGCUACACGAGUACCCCGAUGGCAACCGUGAAGACUUCAUUUCCAAGUGCAAGAGCGGCGAGUUCGACGGAGUUUACGCUCUCUACAGGAGUAACGACUCGAACCCGAUUACUGGAGAUUUCAAUGCUGAGCUGCUUGAUGCGCUGCCAAAGAGUCUAAAGUACGUGUGCCACAAUGGCGCAGGAUACAACAACAUCGACGUUGCGGCAUGCACAAAGAGGGGUAUUUCGGUGUCGAGUACGCCAAUUGCAGUCAACGACGCGACUGCCGACGUCGCCAUCUGGCUGAUGCUCGGCGCCCUACGAAACAUUAAGCAAUCAUACAUGGCAGUCAACAGCGGAAAGUGGCGUGGCAACUUUUCUCUCGGACACGACCCCAAGAACAAGACGCUAGGUAUCUUGGGCAUGGGUGGCAUUGGUUCGGCUGUCGCACACCGCGCAAAGGCCUUUGGCAUGAAGAUACAAUACCACAACCGCCGCCAGCUGCCUGCGAGCGAGGAAAAUGGUGCCAAAUACGUUAGCUUCGAGGAGCUACUCAAGACGUCGGACGUGCUGAGCUUGAACUUGGCUCUCAAUCCUUCGACUACACACAUUAUCGGCAAGGAACAAUUCAAUCAGAUGAAGGAUGGAGUUGUCAUUGUAAACACAGCACGAGGCGCGUUGAUUGACGAAGCGGCGUUGGUGGAUGCGCUCAAGAGCGGCAAGGUGUGGACUGUGGGACUAGAUGUGUUCGAGGAGGAGCCAAAGAUCCAUCCCGGACUGUUGGAGUGCGAGAAUGCCGUACUGCUGCCUCACGUUGGCACGGCGACGUUUGAAACUCAGCGCGAAAUGGAGAUCUUGGUUCUGGAUAACCUCAAGUCGGCCAUUACGAGCGAUAAGCUAUUGACGCAGGUACCGGAGCAGAAGACGGAGAAGGCGAACAUGUAG